AUGCGGAAUAGUUUUAUCAUUUUUGUCAUUGUUCUGGCAACACUAGCAGGUUAUGUGGAUACUUGUUUUCGGAUGAAUCCACCAACCACUACAACAAAAGCGCCGACUACAACAACCAAACCGACUACUACGACAAAGCCAACGACAACUACAACAACGACAACAACAACAUCCACUAGCACAACCACAACAACUACCACCACAACUACGACAACAACGACUACGACGACGACUACGACGACUACGACAACAACAACAACCACAACCACCACGACAACAACCACCACCACAACGACCACAACGACCACCACAACCACAACAACGACAACAACGACAACGACAACGACAACGACAACGACAACUACUACGACAACUACUACGACAACAACGACAACGACAACGACCACUACGACUACAACAACGACAACAACGACUACGACAACGACAACAACAACUACUACAACUACUACGACAACAACUACCACAACUACGACAACAACGACAACUACUACAACGACGACAACCACGACUACCACGACAACCACAACAACUGGAGUGUGUGCCCGAUGUCCGACACCGGUUGUCGCAGCGGGCAUCACUGUAAUGGUAACGUUCGACGCGCAGGGUUGUGCAGUGGCAACGUUCACUGGAUGUAAUACCUAUCGAGCCAGAGCUGGUAUUACAACUGUAGCAGUGAAUAAUCCCAACACUUGUGUCAAUCAAGGAGCAUCGGGACCUAGAUGGUACGCUACUUUGGCCAACACUGCAACAGUCUCCUGUGCCUCU